AUGACACCUGAACCAUCCGACGUAUCAGGAACAUCAAUCCACUUUCAAGAUUUGCUCAAAGACCUGAGCUCUGGCGCCAGUGGCCCAAUUGAACCGUACUUACAUGCAGCUCGAUGGUUUCCUCUCGCGAUUGACCCAUUCGCUGUGCUUGAGGAUGUCUUGUACGAGGGCAUGGAAGCCGAGUUUUCUGAAUUCCUGGCCGACACCUCAGAUCAAUCCGAAGAAGCUUCAGGUUCAGAUAAUCGUCAGAAGGAGUUGUGUAUAAAGCAAUACAAAGAACUUGUGAAGCUUGUACCAACCUUCAGUGACGUCAUAUCAGGAUUUGAAAAAGUUUCGUCGGCUAUGGACAAUUUUAUCCAUGUGCUUACCUGUGCCGCAAAUGAUGCACGAUCCGAUGAUACUGGAAGCCUAACACAAGAGGGGCUGACCGCGCGACUACUGUGCCCGAUGCGGAUGCUCGACGUGUUUGACAAAAAUCCCCAGGACUUCGUGGAUAAGGUAAAGGAAGGUCAGAUCACAAUUACAGUCGCAAAGCUUCCUGCAUAUCUAUACAAUGAGUCUAUGUUGGACCCCGCCAGGAAAAAUCGAGGUUGUCUUCGAGGAUACUACCUCAAACGUCGGGUCUUUCACCACAUAUUCACUGGACCAUCAAGUGCCAUUUCUGCAACCGCUCACAAAGGCACCAAGGCUCCAAAAGGUCGAAUUCAUGGUAUGACAUCGCCACUACCACGAGCAAUUGUGUACGCAGCCGUACAGCUUAGUUCUGCAACACAAUGGCGUCAGCAAGUCGAAGACUUCGAUCUUGUUCUAUUGUAUGAUCAAGUAGUUGAUAUGUUCGAAGAAAAUAGUACUAAUAAGCAAUGGGCGCAAGAAACACUCGACCAUUGGAAAUCAGAGACUCCUGGACUCCUGCAGCAUGGGCGCUCCAGGGCCAGGAUAGAUGCAGGACUUCAUGCAUUUGACAGCGAGGAUGACAUGGACAGUUUUUUUGAACCUGAUGGGCAUUCUCCUGAUAAUGGAGAACAGAGCUCACAAGGUAGGAUCGAGAGCAGCGGCAAUGCAGAGAACACACGUGGUAUUCAAUUUCCCUGUAAUUUGAAUUGUGCACAUAACUAA